ACAUCUUGUUUUAAAGAACAAUCUUCAAUUUAUGUUAUAGAUUAUUCCACAUCUUGCUUUAUAGAACCAUCUAACAGGGAAAAAUGUGAAAAAAAAGGAUUAAAAGUUUGAACCCUUUAAAUUUAUUACAAAAAAAGGUGAUAAAAACUAACUCAUUUAUCGAUUUUGUAUUUGGAGAGAGGGGAAGGGGGAGAUAAUGCCUCUUCAAAUUGAGGCAAACCCAGUGAACCCAGACAGCGAUACAGAAGAUCUUCUAUUCUUUUCACUCAUCUAAUUUCCUUCAAACAAUUUCAUUUUUUUAAUCUCAUUUUCCAUUUCAUACAUACAUACAUAUAUUUGUUAUUUCUAUUCACCCAAUUCUUCUCAUCGAUUUUCUUGAGCAAAUAGACAAGGAAUUUGGUUUUCUUAGUGGGUUUCUUCUCUAUUUAAUAACAACACUCGUCUCAUCUUCGAUUCUGUUACGCCUUUGGGUUGUUCUGUACUGCUUUAUACGGAAAGAUGCGCAACAUGGGGAGUUCAAUCUCUAACCGAGGCAUCGCCGCCAUUGUUGGUGUUGGCCCAAAGCUCGGCCGUUCUAUUGCUCGUAAGUUUGCCCACGAAGGCUACACAGUCGCUAUUCUCGCCAGAGACUUGGGUAGAUUAUCGAGAUUUGCGGAUGAGAUUGCAAGGGAAGAGAAGGCUCAAGUGUUUGCAAUUCGAAUAGAUUGCUCGGACUCGAGGAGUGUGAGGGAAGCAUUUGAAGGCGUAUUGUCACUGGGAUUUGUAGAGGUUUUGAUUUACAAUGCAAAUCAACAAGUUUCAAGGCAGCCCACAAGAUUUAUUGAUGUUCGUAUUGAUUCAUUUGAGAAAUCUCUCGCUGUUUCUUCGGUGGGUGCUUUCCAUUGCUCCCAACAGGUUAUUCCAGGGAUGGUGGAAAGAGGAAGAGGUACGAUUCUCUUUACAGGCUGCUCAGCUUCUCUAAAUGGCGCUGCUGGUUUCUCUGACCUUUGUUGUGGAAAAUUUGCAUUAAGAGCAUUAUCUCAGUGUUUGGCCAGAGAGCUUCAACCCCUUGGAAUACACGUCGCUCAUAUCAUCAUUGAUGGUCUCAUUGGCCCACCAAGGACAAAUCCAAUAACAUCUCAUAGAGGAGGAUCAUCUUCAUCGUCAUCGUCAUCAUCGUCAUCAUCAGUUGGAUCGCAUUUACAGGGUGGAAUUGGAGAGGGGACUAUGGACCCAGAUGCGCUGGCUCAAACUUAUUGGCACUUGCAUCUUCAGGACCGAACUGCUUGGACCCAAGAAAUUGAUCUACGACCUUCAAAUCCGAGAUUGUUCUAGUAAAAAGCAAAAAGAAGGAAAAAAAAAGAGAGAGAGAGAGAGAGAGAAAAAAAACAGCAUAUCAUUAAAAGGAGAAGUCGGUAUUCUUCUGUGGUUGAGCUGACGCAGGCAGACCCACAUUUCAUUUUCCUUUUUAAUAUUCUGUCACAAAACCCUCAAGGGCUCACACCCAAUCAUUUUGCUUCACGGAUGUUGUCUUUCUGAAUUCCCCAUCUUGCUGGUCAAAAUCCAAGCUUUAUCCUCUCAAAGAUGUUCUCCUUUUAAACUUAGUUUAGCUUACUUUAGCUAUUGAUUGAGUGUGUGUGAAGUAAUUGUGGGUGGGGGUGAAUUUCAUUUGGUUUUUCAUUUGUUUUUGGGGAAGUGACUGUUGGUUUUGUAGAUAUAAUGUUGUUGUUGUGGAGAAUGGAUUGACUGAUUCCUGUUAUAUGAUUGAAUGGGUUUUAGUUGUGAAUGAUAUAAUUAUUUGGUGA